AUGGGGCAGUGCAUGUCUCGUAAGGCCGCGGGGGCCUUUGCGGCGUCGGCGGCGGUCUCGCAGAAUCGCCCGGCCAAAAUGCAGAAGCACCAGAAACACCAGAGUCCGGACGACGAGAACAACAAACUCCGCUCGCCGAUGAUCCCGCAAGACACCAACAAGCGCCAGCAGCGUUUGGUGCAAACGACGGCGACGGUGGGCGUCGCGCCGGCCACCAAGGGCGUCGCCAUGUCGUUCGGCUUCCGACGCCCGACGCCGGCGCCGUCCAUAGCGGCGAACGCGAGCGCCGCCCGCCGGCUCGCCAACAACGCGGCCGGCAUCGACGCCGGCGACGCCUAUGACAGGAACGGCAACGACGCCCGCGACACCGACGGCCUGACGGCGAACGCGGCGCCCACCGGGCGAUCGACGCCUCGCUUGGCGCCGCCGAAGAAAGAGGCCAACGCCACCAAGGUCUCCAGAUUCGGGUUUAGGGGCUCCCAGAACACGAGGUUCAACAAAGUGGCGGACGUGAACAAACCACCAGAAAUUGUUAACCAGAACAAACAAAACCAGUUCGUUAAAAAACCCAUUGCUCUUACUAGAACUGUCAUGCCCACGGACAAUAACAAUAGAACCAGAAUACAAAAAGAGCCUCCCGUACAGAUCGGCAAAUACACGCUGCAAUCGACGCAACUACCCCGACCCGAACCGAUCAGAGUAAUAGAAACGAAAACCGCGAAAACUUUAGCCAAUAACAACAGAAGGGUAGCCGGCAUGUACCAGCACCAUCCCGAAGAAACGUCUUCCAAAGACGGAUCCUUAACGGAGGAUUCCGGAUUGGGCAGCCACAUCAGCAGAGACGCCGAUGCGGCGACCAGAGGCCUCGACAACUUCGAAUCGUCCCCGACGUUCGGGGCGCGCCGGAGGAGAACCGCCCCGCCGAAGCCCAGGAGCCUCGAGGUGGUGGCGACCGGUUGCAACACCUUCGACGUGCGCGACGCCAACGAUUCCAACGAUUCCUGCGACAGCGCCAGCGCCCCGCCGCUGCCCCAGCUGCCCAGCGCGUUCCACUCCACCCCGGAGAAGCGAACCAAUGCAUAUCAUUCGGCGCAUUUGGUGAGAGACCGCGCGGCGGAUUACCAGCGGCACGCGAGCCGCUCCGGACGGCCCAGGAGCACGUCCAAAACCUCGUCGGAUGGCUUCAGCGACGAUUACGGAGAGGAUGAAAAGACUUACAACGAAUUGUUCAGGAGCGAGAAGCCCUUCAUCAAGCCCAACGGGCAGCAACCGAAGUUUUUGAAGUCGAGAACCAACCAAUUGAAGUGCGGCGGCGACUCGAGCCCGCUCAGCUCCGACGAACAGGAAUGGGCUGGUGGAGAAGCGAUGGCGGACGAUGUGAGCUUUUCGUUGAGCUCCAGCGACGAAAGCAGAGACAGGAAUUGUUCGGAGGAUCAAUCGAAGGUCCCGACACCGGCGUUCUCAAGCGCUCUCAUCGCCUCGACGUUCCAGAACCUCGUCAACAACUCGCUCUACAACCAUCCAGCGUCCAGGAACGUCCAAAGCAUCACCCUAACAAUAGAAGAUCCCAAGUUCGCCGCCCUCGCCGCCGCCAGCAAUUCCAGUUCGCUAUUGGACGACGAGACGCUCCUAUCGCCCGACAGCAUCAGUUGCUCGGAAUCGGAGGAGAUCCGCAGGAAAUUGCAGCGCAGCUCGUCCAAUUCGAAGGACAUCAACGAGAAACUAACGCCGCCCAGUCCCGGCACACCGACCAACGCUUCCAACUCGCUAUCGAUAUCCGACGAUAACGAUAACAUGAAUAACAGCGGCAAGGACGACUUUUUGAUAGACGACGAAAUAGCCGAUCAGCCGGCCUUGAUAUUCGAGGAUUCCCGCCACCUGGCGAACGACAACAGCACGGAGACGCUGAUGGAAUCGACGCCGAAGCAGCGAAGGAGGAAUCUCGCGGGCGCGGAGAGCAGCCCGUCGGGCGCUAGACACAAGAGAUUCUCGCAGAACCGGACCGGCUCUUUGGACACGCUGUCGCCCUGCGAGAGCAUCGCCAGCGAUGAUUUGAUGAUGGACUUCUACAGCCAAAGCAGCGGUUUGGACGAUUGCGAGGCACACAGCAGUGGAUAUCCAUCGAUGAACGAAACGUUGCAGAAUAGCGAAGAGACAUUGGAGGCGCUCAAAGGAGGGAAGGAUUGGAAUUCUGUUUUCAUGACGGAUUCGUACAAAGCACCAGAUAAACACAAGAGAAGCUCGACGUCCCGAUCGCGGCUGCUCUCGUCGAGGGUGAGCACCCCGAACUCCACCGUCGACUCGCCCAAGUCCCUGGCGCGGUUCUCCCGCCCCUCGGCCGCCAACAGCCCCGUCCGCCACGGCAGGCUGGCCAAUUUGUCGUCGGCCUGCGGCUACGAUUCCGACGAAAGCAUCCGGCUGGACCGCGCCAGCCACACCGCCAUCACCCAGGACAUCGUCGGCAUCAAAACGCUGCUGCUGAAGCUCCGCAGGAUACUCAACGAGACCGCUGAAGAGGAAUUGUCGAGGUCAGACGCUCACAACCCAUUCGAUAGUCAGCACCUGAUGAAUGGGAUCUUCAACAGUCUCGGUCGCGAAGGGGGCGCCGCGGCGGCGCCGGAGGACGGGCGCUCCGACGCCAAGGUGAUGAGCGAGCUGGUGGACCUGCGCCGGCAGGUGCUGUUCCUGCAGGGCCAGCUCGAGGACAAGGAGAAGACGGUCCAGACGCUGCAGGAGAAGAUGGUGCGCUUGGUCGAUGAGAACUACCACGCCAGCUCGGCGCCGGCGUCCACGUCGUGCGAUAGCCAGACCUGCAACGCCGCCACGCAAACCGAAAGGAUUCGGCCAUUAUCAGCUGGCCCAUCGCUCCUAAAUGGCUCGCCAGUUGACUGUAAUGCUGGAUCUCUAGUCAGUGCGACUGAAUCGCAAUCGCUGCCCAUCCGUAAGGCCCGGACGCCCAGCCAAACCGCCGACUCCACGGCGUCGAGACGGACGCCCUCGCGGCUGUGGAGGCAACCCGGGGAACCCCCGUCGCCCCAGCGCUACGCCACCGCUCCUUCUACCGCUCCGGGCUCGGCUUCUGCGCCCUCUUCGAUACCCAAGCGGGCCCGCAGUCGUACCAGAGCGCAAGCUUCGACUUCGUGA